AUGGCCGAGCAAAUCGCCAGAGACGCCAGUGGUGCAUUUGGCAUCCUCAAAACUCUCUCAAACGAGCAGAGAUCUCAUGCGUUGAAAAAGAUCCACGAUGCUUUGGCGCAGGCGAAAACCACGGUUUUGGAAGCCAACAAAAAGGACUUGGCCGACGCCGAAAACUGCCGCUUGUCGUCCGCGUUAAUCAAGCGCCUAGAUCUCGAGAAAAACGGCAAAUACGAGGCGAUGUUGCAAGGCAUUCUUGAUGUGGCAAGCUUGCCUGACCCUGUAGGCAAGACCACGUUGGCUAAAAAGCUCGACGAGGGCUUGAAUUUGUACAGAGUGCUGGCGCCGUUGGGCGUGCUUUUGAUUAUUUUUGAGAGCCGGCCCGAGGUGAUUGCCAACAUCUCGGCAUUGGCUAUCAAGUCCGGAAACUGCGCCAUCUUGAAAGGCGGCAAGGAAUCUUACCAGACCUUCAAGGCCAUCUCCGAGGUGGUCAACGCCACUUUGAAGCACGACACACAGGUGCCGGAACUGGCCAUCCAGUUGAUCCAGUCACGUGGCGAGGUCUCCGACUUGUUGGCCCAGGACGGGUACAUCGACUUGGUGAUUCCAAGAGGCAGCAACGCGUUGGUACGCAACAUCAAGGAAAACACCAAGAUUCCUGUUUUGGGCCACGCCGACGGCAUCUGCUCGAUUUUUAUCGACAAAAGCGCGGACUUGGACAAGGCGUGCCGUGUCGUGGUGGACUCCAAAACAAACUACCCGGCUGGAUGUAAUGCGGUGGAGCAGUUGCUUAUCCACGAGGACAUUGUGAAAGAUUCGGCCAAGCUCGACAAGCUUUUGGCCAGCCUCACUGCUGCCGAGGUCACGUUGCACGUGGUGCCGGAAAUCAAUGCAUCAUUGGGAGAAUCCGUGGACAGAAAAUACGUCGUGGACGCGGCGCAGAAUGCUUUUGACAUCGAGUACUUGUCCUUUGACAUUUCCGUCAAGCCCGUGGCGGAUGUCUCUGCGGCGGUGGCCCACAUCAACGAACACUCGUCAAAACACACGGACUGCAUUGUCACGGAAGACAAGCCUACAGCAGACACGUUUUUGAAGGGCGUGGACUCGGCCGGUGUGUACUGGAACUGCUCCACGAGAUUUGCCGACGGGUUCCGCUACGGGUUCGGCACGGAGGUUGGAAUCAGCACCAACAAGAUCCACGCCCGGGGGCCCGUGGGGCUUGAGGGCUUGAUGAGUUACCAGUACCAGCUCAAGGGCGACGGGCACAUUGCCCUGGAAUAUGUGGGUGCGGGUGGCUCCAAGGUGUUUGUCCACGAGGACAUCCCAUUCUAA